GAUAACCUUCCAUGUGAUGGGUAAACCUUCCUCUUAUGAUGUUCAUAUGUUUAUAUCUAAAAUUUCAACUUAAUUUUGUUACACAUGAUAGUGUUAAUUUUCUCAUGAACAUCCCAACAUAACUUUCCAAUGUUCUUAAACAUGUUUCAACUCCAUAUUGACUAAACUUGCAACUAAUGCUGAAUCUAACAACAUCACUGUGAAUGCACCAAAACUCUUUAUUUCCUUAAUGAAUAACUGUCCCCUAUAUAUACUAUUGCAACUAUUGCAAUAAACCAAGUUACAACAAACAUCUACCACAACUUUAGCCUUUAGUUUCUAACCCCAUUACACCAACUUCAUUCAAAACUCACUUCUAGUCAUAACAUUAACACCACAUCAUCACACCACAACAUCUUUCUUUUGAUGAUCAAUGGACUCUUCUAACUCACCUGAUCCCACCCCAUCUUUUGCUUUUAGAUCCACAACUCAGAACAACUUCUUGAGAAGCCGUUCCACAAAAGAAACCCCUUACUCAAACUUUCUCCAUUCCCCACCUCGCCUCUCUUGUCCUACUCUCUCUCGCAGCCUUCAAAGUUCUCCUCUUCAUCCCCAUCAUCACACUGCCACCACCACCAAAGUUUCUUCUGAUAGUCUUUCUGACCCUCAAACAACCUACCACUGUGCCUCUUCUGUGCUCAGAAACGAUGGUCAGGUUCUGUCCAUAGCAUUGUCAUCAAAUAAUGGAUUUGUCUACACUGGCUCUGACUCCAAUCUUGUGAGGGUAUGGAAGCUCCCUGAGUUCACUGAAUUUGGACAAUUGAGGACUAAAGCUUGCAGGGUGGUGGCAUUGGAAGUGUCCAAUGACACUGUUUAUGCAGCCUAUGGUGAUGGCAAGAUUCGGACGUGGACAAGAACUUGGGAUAAGGUGUUGAAGCAUGUGAGGUUGGCUACCAUCCCAAAGAAAGUUGGCUAUGUAAGGAGCUAUAUUGGUGGAAAAGACAAGGCUAUGAAGCAUAAGGGGCUGAUCACAUCAAUGGCAAUUAACACAGCAGAGGACAUUCUAUACACAGCUUCCCUAGACAAGACAGUGAAAGUGUGGCGAAUCUCAGACCUGAAGUGCACAGAGACAAUCAAAGCUCACACUGAGCCAAUCAAUGCCAUCAUAGCAGCAGAUGAUGGAGUUCUCUACACUGCCUCAGAUGAUGCCACAGUUAGAGUUUGGCGCAGAAACUUCUGCAGCCAUGACCAACCACACUCACUUACAGUGACCCUGCAUGCCAAAUAUUCUCCUGUGAAGGCCUUGACACUGACCCCAGAUGGAGGAGGGGUUUUGUAUGGUGGGUGCAGUGAUGGGUACAUACACUACUGGCUAAAGGGUUGGUUUGCAGGCCAAUUGCAAUAUGGUGGGUCAAUCCAAGGGCACACACAUGCAGUGAUGUGCCUAGCUAGCGUGUCAAGGUUUGUGGUUAGUGGGUCAGCUGAUUCAACAAGCAGGGUUUGGGGUAGAGAACAAGAUGGGCAACACACAUGUCUAGCAGUUCUUGUUGGUCACAGAGGGCCUAUUAGGUGUGUGUCAGCUUUCAUAGGAGGAACUAGGUUGGUGGAAGAUAAUGAAGAUAGUUGCACUGUUUGCACUGGAAGCCUUGAUGGGGUCCUGAAGCUUUGGCGUGUCUCACAUACCAAUAAUCAGUGCUCAUCCCAAGCAGGGGUCAAGUACUUUGAACACUACAAGGGGCUUCAAUGAACACAAGUACAGAACACUAGUUUUUGUUUGCAUUCUUCAUCAAUCUGUUUAAAAAUAUUUUUUCUUUUCAGAACUAAGUCAACUAACAUCUAACCCUAAUAAGUGCUCAAUUGAUUCUUAGAAGUACUAACUUCUAGAUUUUAAAAUUGAUUUUGAUAAAAGAGAAAUCGAUUGUUUUGGAGGACACAAGUCGGAACUCUAGAAAAAACAUAUAUUAAAAAGAACUACCAUAGUUUUCCAAACAGGUUUAGACUUGUGAAAGACCAAAAAUAUUAUAGUUUUAAAACUGGUAUCUCAGUUGAUCAACUUUAGUUUUAAAAAGCAAAUACAUGUCUCUUUACAUGCAACAGAGUAAACAAAGUCUCAUUAACUGAAAAAUGAAGAGAAAAGAGAUAGAGAAGCUCUUGUACUUCAAUGAGUUUACAGGAUAUCAGAGAGCACAUGGUGGAAGAAAAUCUAUUGAUCAUUCAUGCCUUGUGUUCUCUUCUCUGAGUACAUUUCUUAGCCACUGUUUGGAUGUUGAACUGCUUGUUGAGAAUCUCUCUUGUUUAGCCACCGGUAAAAAGCAUAACAAAGCAAACGCAGAACGCAAAGAAUUGAUAUGGUGAUCAAAGCUGAUACAAGAUAGCCUACGAUGGCAUUGGAUGGCUUGCAUCCAAACAUAGCACCCAGACACACCAUGGCAGAGUAACCAUAUAUAAUUGAAAGAUAUAUGCGCCUAUAGUUAUUUCUAUUUAUAUUGAUGAAAAGAGCUAGAAUUGAGAUAGUACCAAAAUAGCUUUGUGUUUGGGUUCUUUAGUCUAUUCUUGCCUUCAAUCAGAACUGUUUUGGACCCUUCUUUGUCAA